AUGGCUGCCGCCGCCGCUGCUGAUCUUGCACUACUACCACCGCUACCAAACAUUGAGGGCCCCAAACUAGCAGCCUUCACACAAGACAUCGAGAACCAUGACUACGAAUUGCUCGAAUUUCUGGGCGCUGGGGCUCACUCUGCUGUCAUGAGAAUGCGAAUCGACAACGACAUAUACGUUGUCAAGUUUUUCAGGACCCAUUGGCUCGACAAACCAGAAUUCGAGAUGGAUCCUAUUGAGGAACACUAUUUGAUGGACCGGACACCAAACUUCAACGCCGCCGUGGAUGAGCCUCAGCCCCAAGCCGUCAUGGAUGCUUUGGUAGACCAAGUGACACCCUUCUUCGCCGAGUGUCGCGUAUACGGCCGCCUCAAAGAACUUGACCGCGAGGAUCUUGCCAUCAAAGCACAUGGCUAUCUGCGACUGUACCUAACACCCAAGUUCCAACAACAGUGGAACGACGCAAUCGCAGAGUAUUUUCCCAACGACCGAGCCGCCCAGCAGUCGCACGAGGCAGAUGCUAUACUCGAACACUACGACUUGGCCCAGCCCGCAUACGCCAUCGUCAAAGACUGGGUCAAGGACCAUCGCAGCCCGGAUGCGACUCCACUGCCCAACCCAGUGAAGAAGAGUCUGAUCAAGCAAAUCCCAAAGAUGUUGCGAGACCUGCAACAACUGCACAAAUGUGGCAUCGUCGUCCGUGAUCUGAAGGAGCAGCAGUACUACCAAGGCCAAAUCGGUGACUUUAGCCAUGCGUGGACGGUCCCUCACAUCCUUGCUCCGGGCAACGGACUCCGGCCUGCUUGGGCGUGGAAGAGCAUGGCGGCGUGGGAUCUGCGCUGCUUCCAAAAGCAAAUCAUCAAUCCGUGGAUAAGAGUGGCAAACAGAAGUCAACCCCCAAUCAAGCCUCCUACUCUUAUUGCGUGGCGUACCGUUGAGCACCGGUACCCAACUCGAAGUCGUCAGAUCGUGCAAGAAGGACCAAGCCUUCCUCUCCUCAAGUACGAUGAUAACCGCAACUUCGAUAUGAUUCACGAUCCUCCGUUUGAUCCAGCGGACUUUAACUGGAAGGCGCUUGAGGCGAAGAAGACAGCACAGGGGGUUGUUUCUGGAAGAGUUGUCAAGAGGAGAGCGGCUGGACAGGCGACGGGCGGAAAGGGGGCUAAGAAGGCCAAGACCAAAAUCAAGAUUGUGGUAAAGCCUAGGCCUGGGGCCAACCCUUAG